AUGAGACAGACAAAUCAGACACAGGUGACAGAAUUCUUCCUCCUGGGACUCUCUGAUGACCCGCACACCCAGCAGCUGCUCUUCAUCUUAUUCCUGGGUGUCUAUCUGGUCACUGUGCUUGGAAAUGUGCUUCUCCUGACCCUUGUUCAGGUUGACGCCCGGCUUCACACACCCAUGUAUUUUUUUCUCUGCAAUUUAUCUCUGGCUGACCUCUGUUUCUCUACCAACAUCGUUCCCCAGGCGCUAGUCCACCUGCUAUCCAGGAAAAAAGCCAUUUCAUUCACACGUUGUGCAGCUCAGCUUCUAUUCUUCUUGAUUUUGGGGGGUACACAGUGUGCCCUUCUGGCAGUGAUGUCCUAUGACCGGUAUGUGGCCAUCUGUAACCCUAUGCAUUACCCCACCAUCAUGACUUGGAAGGUGUGUGCCCAGCUAGCUGUGGGAUCAUGGGCCAGUGGCAUUCUGGUAUCUGUGGUGGAUGCCACCUUCACCCUAAGGCUACCCUAUAGAGGCAGCAAUAGUAUUGCUCAUUUCUUUUGUGAGGCACCUGCACUGUUGAUCCUAGCAACCACAGAUGCCCGGACUUCAGAGAUGGCCAUUUUCCUCAUGGGGGUUGUGAUUCUCCUCAUGCCUGUUUCCCUAAUUCUGGUAUCCUAUGGCCACAUCAUAGUGACUGUGGUCAGGAUGAAGUCAGCAGCAGGGCGGCUCAAGGCAUUCUCUACCUGUGGCUCCCACCUCAUUGUGGUCAUCCUUUUUUAUGGGUCAGCAAUUGUCACCUACAUGACACCAAAGUCUUCCAAAGAACUGAAAAAACUGGUGUCUGUGUUCUACACAAUGGUCACCCCCAUGCUUAAUCCCCUCAUCUACAGCCUGAGGAACAAGGAUGUGAAGGGAGCUCUGAGGAAAAUGACCACAAGGAAUCUCCCGUGCAGACUUGGAGUUUGCCACUGGCAGUGA